AUGCUGGGUGGAUUGUACGGAGACCUUCCACCACCUUCCUCCGCCGACGUAGAAAAACCCAUCUCCAACUCCUCCGCCGUCUGGUCUUCCUCCGCCAAGUUCGCCCCACCCACCCUCAGAAAACCCGCUUUUACCACUCCACAAACCGUCCUCAAAUCCCAGUCCAACGCCAAAACCCGCAAUUAUUCCCACCCCAGAACCGUAAUUUCACAACCGCCGCCGCUCGCCGAUGAUCAUGUACCGACGUCGUUUGAUCCGGCGUUCAUCGCGGUCACCAGCACGGUCGUCAAGGAGUACGACCCUGCUAGGCCGAAUGAUUACGAGGAGUAUUGA